AUGCGUGCGUUUGGCCUGGAGAGACGUGUACUGGAGCUCAAGCGGGAGUUCGAGGGCCGCAUUCCGUGGGCUGACCAGGAUUUGCUGAACAUCCUGUUCUAUCGAUACCCGCAAGGGAUAUUCACAUUCACCUGCCGCUGGAACUUCCGCGGGGAGCACUGCCAUGGUGACGCCCUUUGCACUGACGGCCCAGUGGCAGUGGUGCACGCCUCGCGCAAGAUGAUUCUGGAGAAGCUCGAGCCGGCAUUUGUCGUGCUCCAUCAGGCCAUGCAGAAGUUCAAGCUUGGACAAAGUCUCGUGGAUGACUUCAUUGUUCCUGUGAGAGAAGGCCUCCAGAAGGCGCGUCCGACGGGGUGCACCAAAGAGUUAACCAAGCAGCUGCCUCUACUUACGCUGUCUGCAAGUCGUGUCGACAACGUGACUGGCCGAGCUACGGCCGCGAAUAGAACGUAG